AUGGUCGAGAAACGCGAGGCUCCUGGCGCGAUUCGCGACAUUGAGGCCGACAAUGGCCUUCCUCCUCGCUACUUCUGCUCCAGCUUGUUCCUUGGCUCGAUGACAGCGAUCGGACUGGGCUUGCUUGCUGCGAUCGCCGGCUUUGCCUUUCCGGCUCCGCUCCUCGCCAUCAUCAACCCGGAAAUUGGCCCUAGCGCCGACAUCUCCUGGGUGUCGCUGACCUACACGCUGACGAUCGCGGUUGGCCUUACCCUGAUCGGCCGCACCACAGAUAUUUUUUUGGGAGACGAUACAUUUUUAUCGGCGGCGGUGUCCUCGGAACCGUUGGGAGUAUCAUAUGCGCGAGAGCGGACAGCAUCAACACCUUGA